UUCACGCACUGGAUAAAAAAAAAAAAGACAGCCACAAGAGUAACGCAUAUCCAGAGCAUAUCCAGGGAUAUUUACAAACCUUCCCAAGUCUGGAGAUAAUACCGGAGGGAUUGCCGCAAAACACAAAUCCCCACAUGCUGAGAGGAUGAAGGGAGCCAGUACGGUGUAAAUCUCUGCCGGACCGUAUGCUACAGGAGAAGACUGAAACCAUGAAUGCAUCUUGCGGUCUAGUGGAUGCCAGGAAGCUCUGACACCCUCCUUUCCUACUCCCUUUUUCUCAUUUUCCUCAGAUCACAGUCAUUCUUAAAAGAAAACAACAGUCGGAUAACUCUUCCCCCCCCUAGCUUUUGGCGGCAGCUCACAUUUCCUGGAAAUUACACUGAGAUCUGAAUUCUAGAAACGAGGAUUCUAUUUUCAGUCCAGGAUAGACCAAGAGGCUUUUGAAGAAAAGGCUCUGUUCGAAUUAUCAUAUUCCCUCUACUCUUUCUCUCCCCCAUUCCUUAUUCUUUUCCUCCAAGUCCCAGAGGCACCAACUGAUGGAGAGACGAAGGAGAGAGUCAGGAUAAGGACGAGAAUUAGAGCAUCAGAGAGAAGAGGAAAAAACUGCUGAUUUGUCAGGAAAUUUAGAGUUUGUGAGGAUUGCUUUACCCAGCAAGCUUCCUAUCUCACUUCACAGAUACAUAAUAAUUGCUGUUUACAUUGUAGAAACAAUACGUCUGUUAGCCGAAGCAAGGCUAGGCUGUAUCUCAGUGGUUCUUUUAGACCCAUAAGGCAUCAUAUAUUCAGAAAGGUAAAAACUGGGAACUUUGAGUAUGACAAGAGGGUUAAGGUUCCUGUGUUGGCCACUGUGGCCUCUGGCCCUCUUCAGCCUGCUCACCACAGUGAGGAUGCUGGAGUUCGGUGGGGCACCUGGCCAGUGGGCACGCUACGGGCGCUGGGAGGCUGGAUCAGUGGGCGAGCUCAGCUUCAGUCUGAAGACCAACAUCAGCAAAGCACUGGUUCUUUACCUGGACGAUGGCGGCAACUGCGACUUCAUGGAACUGCUGAUCGCCGGUGGGCGCUUGCAGCUGCGCUUCGCCAUCCACUGCGCCGAGCCUGCCACUUUACACAUGGAGACGCGGGUCAAUGAUGACCGUUGGCACAUGGUUUUGCUCACUCGCAACUUCCGCGAAACCCUUCUGAUGGUGGACGGGGAGACCAAAGUGGCCGAGGUCAAGUCCAAGAGGAAGGAGAUGGCGGUGGUCAGCGACCUGUUUGUAGGUGGGAUCCCACCAGAUGUGCGCCUCUCAGCGCUGACUUCCAGCACCGUGAAGUAUGAGCCGCCGUUCCAGGGUUUGAUAUCCAAUCUUAAGGUGGGGGAGAUGCCUCCUACUUUGCUGAAUAGCCAGGGAAUCCAGAGCGACCUGGAGUACCUCUGCACCAAACAGAACCCCUGCUUCAAUGGAGGGUUUUGCUCGAUUCAGUAUGGGGAGGUGCACUGCGACUGCACUCACACCCGCUUUAAGGGGAAGUACUGCAAGGAAGGUCUGGCGCACCUGACGUUAAACAACCAAGGUAAGGAAGAGUCAGUGGCCACCUUCAAGGGCAACGAGUUCUUCUGCUACGACCUGUCACUGACGCCCAUCCAGAGCAGCACCGACGAGAUCACGCUCUCCUUCCGCACGCUGCAGCGCAACGGCCUCAUGCUGCACACCGGCAAGUCGGCCGACUACGUCAACCUCUCCCUGAAGAGCGGCGCCGUCUGGCUCGUCAUCAACCUGGGCUCGGGGGCCUUCGAGGCCCUGGUGGAGCCCGUCAACGGCAAGUUCAACGACAAUGCCUGGCAUGACGUGCGCGUCACCCGCAACCUGCGCCAGCACGCAGGCAUUGGACACGCUAUGGUGACCAUUUCAGUGGAUGGUAUAUUGACCACCACUGGAUACACCCAGGAAGAUUACACCAUGUUGGGCUCCGACGACUUCUUCUACAUUGGAGGGAGCCCCAACACUGCCGACCUGCCCGGAUCUCCAGUCAGCAACAACUUCAUGGGCUGUCUCAAAGACGUGGUGUACAAAAAUAAUGAUUUCAAGCUGGAACUGUCGCGACUGGCCAUCGAGCGCGACCCCAAGAUCACCCUGAAUGGAGACCUGGUGUUUCGGUGCGAGGAUGUGGCCGCCCUGGACCCCGUCACCUUCGACACCCCCGAGUCUUACAUCUCCUUGCCCAAGUGGAACACCAAGAAGACGGGAUCUAUCUCUUUCGACUUCCGCACCACGGAGCCCAGCGGCCUCCUCCUGUUCAGCCACGGCCGGCCUCAGGGUCCCAAAGAGCAGAAGCCCGGGAGAGAGCUGAAGACGGAUUAUUUUGCCAUGGAGCUGCUGGAUGGGUACCUGUACCUGCUGAUCGACAUGGGCUCAGGCAAAACAAAGCUGAAGACCAGCAACAAGAAGGUCAACGAUGGGGAGUGGUGCCACGUGGAUUUCCAGAGGGAAGGGAGGAAAGGCUCUAUCUCGGUCAACAGCCGCAGUAUGCCCUUUAGCUCCCCAGAAGGCAGCGAGAUCCUGGACCUGGACAGUGACAUGUACCUUGGCGGGCUCCCCGAGACCAAGUCGGACCUCAUCCUGCCGCCCGAGGUGUGGACGGCCCUGCUCAACUACGGCUACGUGGGCUGCGUCCGCGACCUGUUCAUUGACGGCAAGAGCCGUGACGUCCGCCGCCUGGCCGAGAUCCAGAGCGCGCCGGGCGUCAGCAGCUUCUGCACCCGCGAGCACCAGAAGAGGUGCAGCAGCGCCCCCUGUGGCAAUGCAGGCGUGUGCAAAGAGGGCUGGAACCGCUACAUCUGUGACUGCACUGGCACCGGAUACCUGGGAGGCAACUGUGAGAUAGAGGCGACGGUGCUGAGUUACGAUGGCAGCAUGUACCUGAAGAUCAUCAUGCCUGUCACCAUGCACACAGAGGCCGAGGACGUGGCGUUGCGCUUCAUGUCUCAGCGGGCUUACGGCUUGCUCAUGGCCACCACGUCCAAGGAGUCAGCGGACACCCUGCGACUGGAGCUGGACGGGGGCCGUGUCAAGCUAACCGUAAAUCUUGAUUGUAUCAGGAUAGACUGUAACCUCAGUAAAGGACCUGAAACUCUAUUCGCGGGGCAGAAGCUCAACGACAAUGAGUGGCACACAGUGAAGGUGGUGCGAAGAGGCAAGAACCUGCAGCUGUCUGUGGAUAAUGUCACCGUGGAAGGCCAGAUGACUGGUGCCCACACACGUCUUGAGUUCCACAACAUUGAGACCGGCAUCAUGACUGAGCGCCGAUUCAUCUCCGUGGUGCCCUCCAACUUCAUCGGCCACCUCCAGGGCCUGACCUUCAACGGACAGCCCUACCUGGACCAGUGCAAGAACGGAGACAUCUCCUACUGCGAGCUGAACGCCCGCUUUGGCAUGCGCCACAUCAUCGCAGAUCCGGUGACGUUUCGAACGAAAGGCAGCUACUUAGCAUUAGCCACACUCCAAGCCUACGCCUCCAUGCACCUCUUCUUCCAGUUUAAGACCACCACGCCCGACGGCCUGAUGCUCUUCAAUUCCGGAGAUGGGAGCGACUUUAUUGUUGUAGAGCUGGUCAAGGGGUAUGUCCACUACGUCUUUGACCUUGGUAACGGGCCGUCACUAAUGAAGGGCAACUCAGACAAGCCACUCAAUGACAACCAGUGGCACAAUGUGGUGGUGUCCCGGGACGCUAACAACGUACAUACGCUCAAGAUCGACUCACGCACCGUUACCCAGCACUCCAAUGGAGCUCGCAACCUGGACCUCAAAGGGGAGCUGUACAUCGGUGGCGUGACGAAGAACAUGUACAGCAAUCUGCCCAAGCUGAUCGCGUCCCGGGACGGGUACCAGGGCUGCCUGGCCUCCGUGGACCUGAAUGGGAGACUCCCCGACCUGAUCGCAGAUGCCCUCCACAGGGUGGGUCAGGUGGAACGAGGCUGCGACGGACCCAGUACCACCUGUACGGAGGAGUCCUGCUACCAUCAGGGGGUGUGUCUCCAGCAGUGGGAGGGCUUCACCUGCGACUGCACGAUGACGUCCUAUGGAGGCCCCUUUUGCAACGACCCUGGGACAACGUACAUCUUCGGGCGAGGCGGAGCCCUCAUCACGUAUACCUGGCCACCCAACGACCGGCCGAGCACACGGGCAGACCGGCUGGCGGUGGGCUUCAGCACGCAGCUGAAGGAGGCCGUUCUGGUCAGGGUGGAGAGCGCCAAGGGACUGGGAGAUUACCUGGAGCUGCACAUAGAACGGGGAAAGAUCGGCGUGAUCUUCAACGUGGGAACAGACGACAUCACCAUUGAGGAGAGCGCGGUGAUGGUGAGCGACGGCAAAUACCACGUGGUGCGAUUCACACGCAGCGGUGGCAAUGCCACGCUACAGGUGGACAACCAGCCCGUCAUCGAACGCUUCCCCUCAGGGAACUUUGAUAAUGAGCGCCUGGCUAUUGCUAGACAAAGAAUCCCAUACCGACUCGGUCGGGUAGUUGACGAGUGGCUACUCGACAAAGGUCGACAGCUGACCAUCUUCAACAGCCAGGCAUUCAUCAAAAUCGGCGGUGGUGGGGAGAAGGGGCGUCACUUCCAGGGCCAGAUCUCGGGCCUGUAUUACAAUGGGCUACAAGUGUUGAAACUGGCAGCCGAGGGCGACCCCAAUGUCCAGGCCCAGGGCAACCUGCGGCUAGUGGGCGAUGUGCCCUCUGUGCUCACCACCGACACCACCUCCACCACCCCGCUUGCCGACAUGUCCACCACUAUCAUGGAAACGACCACCACAAUGGCCACCACCACCACCCGCAAGCAGCGCUCCCCCACCAUGAGGGACAGUGUCACACAGAACACGGAUGACCUAUUGGUAGCAUCAGCUGAGUGUCCUAGCGAUGACGAAGACUUGGAGGAGUGUGAGCCUGGAAAUGGAGGUGAAUUAGUGUUGCCCAUUAUAACGGUGGACUCCCUAGACCCCCCGUCCAUCGCCACCCGCUACCCAGUAAUCCCCCCACCCCCCACCACCUACCGCCCCUUCCUCACCCUGCUUGAAACCACCAAAGAGUCCCUCCCCUUGCCCAACGGCCGGCCCCCCUGCCCCCUGGACCAGGAGGAUUGCGAGGAGACCAUCGAGGUGUCGGCGUACGGCUCGGGGGAGAUGACCGAGUCGGAUGACGAGGACUAUUACAAAAACUCCCCCCUGGUCACCGACAGGACUGUCCUCCCUCCUCCCCCGGCCGUGGAGGGUGGCGUCCAGAACCCCCCGGACCGCCACUUCUCCCGCUUCCCCAACUCCCACCGCCCGCCUCUCUCCUCCACCCCCACGGCCAACCCCGACCAGCUCAGCCCGCGCCUCAAGCCGGCCGCCGGUGGCAGCAGCAGCAGCAACAACAUCCCCGCCGGGAAAAUGAACACCCGGGACCAAGUGCUGCUGCCGCCGGCCCACCCCUCCUCCGACCCCGGCCACCGCCGAGUCCCGGGAAUAACCUACCCCCCUAAUUUCCCCCAUGUGCCCACCCCAGACCCCACGUCCCCCGAGAGAGGCCUGCCCGGCGCCGUGGAGGUGCAGCAGUCCAGCAGCACCACGGGCAUGGUGGUGGGCAUCGUGGCCGCCGCCGCCCUCUGCAUCCUCAUCCUGCUCUACGCCAUGUACAAGUACCGCAACCGCGACGAGGGCUCCUACCAGGUGGACCAGAGCCGCAACUACAUCAGCAACUCGGCCACGCAGAACAACGGAGCCCUGGUGAAGGAGAAACAGCCCAGCACUGCCAAGACGGUCACCAAGAACAAGAAGAACAAAGACAAGGAGUACUACGUCUGAGGGAGAGCCGCCGUGACACACCGAGACAGACAGCAGAUGCGCUUAGAGGAGGAAAGAGAGAAGAGAUGGAGAGAGAGAGAGAGGUUGGGGAAAGAGAGAGAGAGAUGGUGAGAGAGGAAAGGCAGUAUAAGCAGAAAAGGCUAGCAUAACAUCAUUUCAAACAGUAUCGCUGGACGGCCAUUUUUGUUGAGGGAGGCAGCAGUCAAGAUGGCAAGGUAACCCUCAACUAUUCACGUCAAAUUUCUGUUUACAGCAUUCAGCAGUGGCUUUGAUUGAUUUGACUUGGUGCACGUUAAGCAUGGUGCUGAUAUAAAAGAAGGCUAUUACACCGCGCUCAGUUGAAACUCAUACCGUGCCAACAACCUUGUACUAAAUACUGAUAAAGCAGUGAUUUAUGGGUUACCGUAUGGCAGGUGAUUAAAUGUCCCGAGGUACUGUAGGAAAGCGCCACCAUCAGUAUUUGAGUGAAGGUCUGUACAUCUUUCCGAGGCUAGUUUGUGGUGUAAGCCGUCACCUUAGACAGUAUGAACACUCUCUUUUCGUACUAGGGUUGAAUUAGUGACUUGACACCCCUCUGUAAAAUCAAUAUACUGCCAACUUACAGAAACACUGUGUCAAAUCCACCUCCCCCCCCCCAGCCUCUGUAAGUAUUCAAUAUCUCCAGUCUCUCGCCUCUCGUCAGGUCUCUCUCUCUCUCUCUCUCUCUCUCCCUCUCAUUCGCUCGUGCGCUCUGUUUCUCUCCUUUGUCUUACGGUGCUCAGCAGCCGAUGCAACAUAAACUCUGCUGUGUUUCCAAGCAUGUAGUAUUCAUUUACGAAAAAGAGAUACAAACUGUUUUUCUUUCUGUGGAAUUUAAAAAAAAAAAAACAAACAAAAAUAUACGACGAUGACGAUUGACGAUGAUAAACAACGUAGCAAACCAUGUGAGAUACCACCGCUCCGGAACCCGAACGGAUGCUAACUUGUACGUUUAGCCCGCCAAAAAAACCUUCUCGAGGCCAAAAAAAAAAAAACAAACCCCCUUGGUCGUCCUUUUGUUCCAGCAGAUGUGUGUCAUGUGUUUCCGGGGCUGCGAGGUCCGCAGAGAAACUGUGUCACAUCCUUACAGUUACUAAUCACCGAAAAACAGAAAAAACCUCCAGCAAACAAGACGAACUCUGUUCUAUAUAAAUAUAAAUAUAUGUAUAGACAUUGCAGAAACCUAUGGACCUAAUCGUGAGCGAGUGCUAAAAGUGAGAAUUCACUGAAUGUGCGCGCAUCAGUGGGCAGCGAAGAUGGACAUGAGGAUUUUUGACAUGAGACCGGUUUCACCCCACAAAAAAAAACGUCCCAUCCCCAGACGUCCAGCCAGCCCUCUCAUGGACAGUGCGGCUGCUCCACGGCCUUGCUGCAGUCACUUUGGUGGUACAGGUAAAGCAACAAUGUGAGACAGAGAGGUUUUCAGUUUGCUGUUUCGGUUUUGGUUUAUUUUACUAUUUUCUCCAGAGAAAUGACAGACACUUUAGGGAAAUUCCGAAUUCAUUUUUGCUGGAGUUCCACUGUGGAGAGGGAUACCUUGCAUCUGAGAAAGCGACUGUGUCUUUCGCCCCCCCCCCUCUCUCUCGAGCCUGACAUGGACUGAUGGCAGCCAGUGGGCAAACUUUUGUGGAAAGAACACAAAAACAAGGCGAACGGCAGUUCCCUGGAAGAUGUACAACAGAACUCUAGUAUUCCAAUUUUCUCAACUCUAUUAAAAAAAAAGAAAACUGUAUGAUGAAAAGAAAAGAAAAAUCCUGAAAAAAAGUUUGUGAAAUGUCUAAAUAUUUGACUCUCAUCCCAUUACUAAGAGAAAUGUGUUUCCCUACUAUCAUUCCUGUUUGGAGAAAAAAAUGACUAUGGUAAUUGAUUCUGGGAAAUUGAAAUUUCUAUGUUCCUUUUUUUUUUUUUUUUUUUUUUGGUAAUUGAGCAAAUGUGAUUUGGGUUAUCAACAUGAAACCAUCUUUUUUUUUUUUUUUCGUUUUCCAUCAGAGGAAAGUUACUCUGCUUUUUCUCAUCCUCCAUCCAUCAUCCCCGACCAUUUUUUUGUCCGUUCCUUUUUCUCAGUAUGGCAGAUUGUAUGUCCCCAUAACCUGUUCAGAAAGCAGGCUUUACCCAUCCUCCAUCUCCUGUUUUUUAUCGUUUUAUAUCUAUUCCUGUCCUCUGAUAGAGACAAGAUGGCGGCCGCGUCAGUUGGCAGGCUCCAUUCAGUUCACUUUCCUGCCGGCUUCGUCCGGUUUCUGUUUUCUCUCUCUCUCUCUCUCCAUUCCAAGCAUACUCCUCCCAGUAUCUUCCUGUUCUUUCUAAAUGUUAUUGUAAAGUGUUCCAGUGAGAUGACUCUAAAUAUGUGUACAUUAACAGAGGGAAUACACUUGGUUAUAUACUUCUUA